CGCGCGGAUUGCAACAAGUCCGGAGAAAGUGCAUUCAAAAGUGAGGGCAGAUCAAGGCGAAUGAAUAAACAUAAGAUUAGUGUCUCAUGAGCGAUCAAUCAAACCGGACGAUCAUUCAAUACCAGACUAGAUCCUGAAACAUCAACCAGUUAAAUAUUUUCAAUCUUUGAAUUAAUUUUCGUUCAUUUUCGAAAAGUGUCAACGUCCUUACGAGUUUUGCAAACUUUUGAAAAAUGUCGAAGUUUUUAAGGACAAUUAUGUGGAGGCCAACAAAUAACGGCAAACAUAAAAAAUUAUCCGAGGAGGUCCUGAAUCACAACGCGGAAAACAAACGCAAGAGCGGCAAGAAGGACACGUUGCAGGAAGACUUCGGCUGUGACGGUUACGACGAGGACGAAAUUGUCAGUUUUCAGGUGAAAUAUCUUGGCUCAACGGUGGUGGAGAAACUAAAUGGGGGGGACAAUAUCAGCGAGCAUGCGGUGCAAUGCAUCCUAAGUAAUCUGAAGGCGCAGAAAGCGCAGAAGGGGCAAAAGGCGCCAAAAAUCUCAAAAUCGCCGCAGAUUUUACAGGAUGCCGAUCAGAAAAAGAAGCGCACAAAAAAGUCCAGCAGGAGUGUUGAAUUAACCAUCUCACCGAAAGGUCUUUGUGUUAUGCAGGCGGAUCAAGGCGUGGAUCUGCUAAAGAUUUCAAUUUACAGGAUAUCAAACUGUCGCACACACCAACAGCGCAUUGUAUCCUUCCUGGCCACCGACGCAUUGGAAACAACAGAAUGUCAUGCUUUCUUAUGUAAACGACGAAAGAAUGCCGAGGAUGUGGCGUUGGCGAUGGCAAAAGCAUUCCACGCCGCGUAUGAACAAUGGACGUCGGUGGCACCCUUGCGAUUGCACGAGAUACGCUCGUCCCUGCCGCCUCCCGUCCCCACAAAAACGGAACAAAUCGUUGAGAAUAAUAUGCACAACAGAAUCACCGAAUUUCUGAUCACCUUCGACGACGGAGAUCAACUCCAUCAAGACGAGGUGUUCAGUUUGAGCGAUGACAAGGAAAACGAGUCGCAGUCGUUCGGCGGUAAUGCUUGGGUGAGCUUCGAGGAUAGCCAGAGUGUUGAUUUGCUCUGCUAACAAGAUUCGAAUAUUUUCUAAGGCAAUUUCUGUAAAUUUAGUUUUAUGUGUGCAAUAAACGUGUCGUCGUGUCCUUAAAAA